AUCGAGCAGAACAACUUCUGAUCUACCACUCGUUUCAAAUUGCUACAUAUCUUACUCAGACAGGGAAAUUUGCACUCAAAAAACAACCUCGGGAAUCGCCUCGCAAUCAUGAACAUCACAAACAGUACUAUGGAACAGGACCGAUGUGCCGGCCAUAGUGGAACUCCUACACUGAGCUAUCCAUAUUAUUGCGCCAUUACUAUUUGGCAACAAGGACUCAACCGGACGCAAGACCCAUAUGCCGACUUGGUGAAAUGUUGCAAGAGCAACCAGUACAGCUACUACGGCGAGGAUAACUGUGCCGCUUACUGCAACGCGACCAAAGACACCCAGUCGACUCUGAUGGACUGUCUUACGGAGGGUCACCGUCUCCAGUCAGUUGGUUGUAGCUCCGGGAAGAAUUCUGGAUCCGUGUCGAGCUCGGUGCCCAGCUUGAAAUCCUAUCUUGUUUUGGCUGUGGUUCUUAGCGGCCUUUGGCAACUUUGAAAGACGGGAUAUUGACAUGUAUGUGGGAUAUGGUUGUUUCAGAUGGAGGAUUCAAUUGGAUUAUGCUAUGUGGGGUUUUGUAGGGCAUGAUGGAC